UUUCGAAACUUGGGGAAUCCAAAUUUUGGUUUAUUUUGAUCUUGGUUUUAUUUCAUCCUAUCCUUUCAAUGUAAUCAGUAAACCAAACCUGGUUUGAGACAAUUAAUAUAAUAUUUAAUUACAAAAAACUAUAGAUAUGAUAAUUACAGAAACCGAUAUAUACAUAAACCAGAACAUAUAUUUUCUAAAAUCUAUCUCCAAUGGUUUUCGAUUUUUCUCUAUAAUUUACACUAAAAUUAAAUAAUUCUAUUAUAGAAUUAUACAUUGGAGAAAGAGUUACUAUAAUAAAAUUACUCUAUUUUAGUAUAAAUUAUAGAGGAGUAAAUAGUGUGUCAUUUCCAAUGCUCUAAUACACUCCCAAUUGUGAGCGUCUUCCAAGUACUUUAGCGAAGACAUCUGCUACUACUUUUCAAAUAUAUUAUGCUUAGGGCAUCUCCAACCCCACUCCAUAUUCAACUCUAAACUCAAUUAUGGAGUAAAAUCUUCUCCAACCCUACUCCAUAUUCAACUCUAAACUCAAUUAUGGAGUAAAAUCUUCUCCAACCCUACUCCAUAUUCAAGUCUAAAAUGGAGUAAUAGCUAGGGUUACUCCAUUUAUGGAGUAAUCUUACCCAUUACUCCAUUUUGGAGUUGAACGUUUUAUAUUUAUGAAAUGGUCCUUUUAAUUUUUAAUGUUUUUAUUUCAUACUUAAAAUAAUAUAAUAACAUAAAAAAAAUAUAAUACUCAGCAAAAGAUUACUUUAUAGUUUACAGAAAAUAUGCAUAAACUCAUAAAAGUCAAAACUAAGAAUAAAAAAUAUAAAAUAAAUAUAAUAUAUUAUAAAUAAGUAAUUUAAUAAUUAAUUCUGUAAAUUGUUUUCGAAACUACCAAAAUCGGUAAAGUAUUAUUCAAACGGAAUAGAUGAGUUUUUUAAUCUUGUGUGUCAAAAUUUUGAUUGAUAACAUUUGUACUUGUUGAACUUGAUAUCUGCACAAACAAACAAUAGGACCCAAUACAUAAUUCAACAAAACAAAACUUUGUUUUUUCUUUAUGUUCUUUUAAUGCAUAAAAAUAUUUUUGAAUUAGAAAAAUUGCAUAUGAUAAAAUCUGCACGAAUUGAAAUUGGAAGAUAAUCUAUAGUUGUAUUUUUAAUGAUAAAUAUUUAAUUUAAAUAAAAUAUAUUAUUAUAGAAAUUUUGUAAACAUAAAAUAGUUGGGUUAAUUGUUAAUUUUUUAUAAGUUGAAGGUACUACUAAUAACAAUUAUUAACUAAAUGAAAAAAAAAAUCCUUUUUUUAUAGUAAAAAUGGAGUAAUACAUUGGAGGAAAAUCCAACUCCAUUUUGGAGUUACACCAUUUUGGAGUAAAAUUUGGAGUAAUACAUUGGAAAUGAUCUUAGGGGUUCUAGAUAUUGGGACUCUUUCGAGGUAAAGAAGCAAGAGUCGCCCACGAGUACUAAUUAUUCAAACUUUCAUAAUAAGUAAAGCAGAAAAGAAAAUUGACACAGUGGCCGUAUUGAAAGGGUAACAACGAAUUAGUAUUCAACUCGGCGCUGGUACGUUGACGCCUUGACGAAGACUAUAUGUGAACACUGAACAUGAGGGUGACUUGGAUGGUCAUUGAAUUAGUCAUUGAGAUAUGUCUGUAGAUUCAUUCUGUGGAGGAAGUGAACUGGGGAGACGGGCUAGUAGAUGAAUCCUAGACCAAAAACAAAUCUCUCAUACACCUAUAUAUUUUUUAAGCAAAUAUAACAAUUAACAUAGCCCUAAUCUCCAUUUCAUAACAAUUAUAAUGAAAAACAUUGCUACGAUUUUACUCUCUAUUUCCCUUCUUUUUCAAACUCUCAACGGAGUUAAAGCCGGCUUCCACUGCGUAGGUGACACCUUCACCGCCAACAGUAGCUACGGCCAAAACCGCGAUUCUCUCUUUUCCUCUCUUGCUUCUCAAGUCAUCACCAACCGUGGAUUCUAUAACGCCUCACUCAAUAGCGUUCACGCUGUUGCCCUCUGCAGAAGAGGAUACGAGCGGCAAGCUUGUAUCAACUGCGUUGAAAAAGCCAUUCGACAGAUAAAAACAAGUUGUUCUGAUCGCGUGGAAUCGUUCGACUGGGACGGUGACGAUGCAGACCAGGUAUCUUGUCUUGUACGUGCAACAAACCACUCAACUUUUCAGAAACUCGAUCUUGGACCAGCUACGAAUGACGUAAGUCCCGUCAAUAUCGACUCAUCCACCAAAAACAUGACCCUCUUCCGCCAAGAAUGGGAAGCAACCGUUAACCGAACACUUGAAGCUGCAAUCGUCAACACUUCUGCAUCGGUUCUCAAGUAUUAUGGAGUAGCUAAUGUAGAGUUUGUGGAGUUUCCAAAUGUUUACAUGAUGAUGCAAUGCACACCCGACAUAACUUCAGGCGAGUGUAAGACAUGUCUGGAAGAGUGCGUUACGUAUUUUAGAGAUGUGUCUUGGGGAAAAGAUGGAGGUACAAUUUGUCGACCAGGCUGUCUUUUCCGGUGGAAUCUUUACUCUUUUUACGGUGCUUUUGCUAAUAUAACAAGAGUUCCUGCCCCUCCUAGACCUUUGAUUCCUCAAGCACAAGCAACAUCUGCUACUAGCUUGAAAGGAACAAUUAUUGCGAUAGUUGUGGUUCCUACCGUCAUUCAUCUUUUUGUGCUUCUUGGUCUGAUCAGAGCAUAUCGCCAGAUAAAAAAAUCUAAAGACGAAACCAGUGGUACGCUCUCAUUAUUUUCAGUCAGCUUUUAUAAUGUAUGUUUGCUCGUAAGUUUCUUUUGGUUAGUCUGUACAGAGGAGGACUGUAUUUCCGAUAGUCAGUUUAUGCUGCGGUUCGAUCUUAGCAUGGUCCUAGUCGCAACCCGUGACUUCUCCCCUGAAAAUAAGAUCGGCCAAGGUGGAUUUGGAUCUGUCUACAAGGGGAUAUUACCGAGUGGGCAGGAAAUAGCAGUAAAAAGAUUAACAAGAGGCUCAGGGCAAGGAGAGAUGGAGUUCAAGAAUGAGGUCUUACUCUUGACAAGACUCCAACAUAGGAAUCUAGUUAAGCUUCUAGGGUUCUGUAGUGAAGGAGAAGAAGAUAUUCUUAUCUACGAGCAUGUCCCGAAUUCAAGUCUUGAUCAUUUCAUAUUCAAUCAAGAGAAGCGUGUGCUACUGACAUGGAAUGUGAGGUACAGAAUCAUUGAAGGAGUUGCUCGAGGUCUUCUUUAUCUACACGAAGAUUCUCAGCUGAGGAUUAUUCACCGAGACUUGAAGGCGAGCAACAUUCUUUUAGAUGCUGAUAUGAACCCCAAAGUUUCAGACUUUGGGAUGGCGAGGUUAUUUAACAUGGACCAGACUAAAGGAGUGACAAGGAGGCGCGUUGGAACCUUUGGCUAUAUGCCUCCUGAGUACGUUAAGAACGGAAGAUUUUCAGCCAAAACCGACGUUUACAGUUUUGGGGUUGUGCUUUUGGAGAUGAUAACCGGUCAAAGUAACAAGAAUUACUUUGAAUCCUUGGGCCUACCCGCAUAUGCUUGGAAGUCUUGGGUGGCCGGCGAGGCUGCCAGUAUCAUAGAUCCUGUCUUGAGUAGGACCCCAACAAAUGAAAUCCUGAGAUUCAUCCACAUUGGUUUGUUGUGCGUUCAAGAAAAUGUUGCAAAGAGACCAACCAUGAGUUUGGUUAUUCAAUGGCUUAGUAGUGACACUAUCGCGAUUCCUUUACCUACCAUUGCUGCUUUCACCACGACCGAGUUGCAUAGAACCGAUGCAAUGAAUCAAGCCAAAGGUGAAGCUGGUACUCUGUCAUUGAACAAGUUAUCAGUCAGCGAGUUAAGUCCUCGUUGAAUCGAAGAGCUCUAUGUAAACUCAUACAUACAAGUGUGCAUUAUUCUUUCAAUUACAUUACAAGAACAUUCUUCUUUCUCUCAGAAAACUCUCGUUGUUUAUGAUCAGUAAUCGAUCAAAUCUCUUAUAUAUUAAUUAAGAAACAUUGCAAUAUUUGAGGUAUCCACAUGUCAUCACUAAAAUGAUUCUUAAAAUCUUUAGAAAAUAUGUUGAUCCAUCUAAAUAUAUAUUAUAUUUUUUUCAUAAAACUAACUAUCAAAUUAAUUAGUAGUGUACUGAAAAAAUAUUUUUCAGUUUUUUCUUAAAUAAAAGCUAAGGAGUUACAUGUAUAAUUAACACAUAUAUAAAUAUUUGAUAACAAUUUUGGUAUCCUCCAUCAUUUUUAUUUAAUAUUUAUAUUAUUAAAAGAAAUUAAAAACUCUUUUUUUAUUGGUUGUUCUAUUUCGGUCUGGUUAUCCAGACCAACUCAAAUUUGAGUAAUAGAAUAACCGUUUGUUGGCAAAAAAAAGAAAGAAAUUAAAAAAAUCACAUUAACCAUAUAAUAAAUUUUAGAUUGUUCUUAUAUCUUAUAUUUUGAAUUUUUUAAAAUAACUAUAAAUUACUAAAAUUAGGGCUGAGCAAUAAACCAAAUACGAAAACUCGAAUCAAACCCGAUCCGAUAAAACGAAUCUGAACCCGACAUAAAUACCAAAUAGAUCUUGUUUUGUGCUAUUUUGGUUUAUGGGUCUCAAUCUUCUGAUUCAAUUGUCGGAUGAGACAUAAUACAGCUGCAACAUUCAUCUUCUUAUAGAUCCCAGCUAUUUUCAUAUAAAUAGUAUUGGAAAAGUGAUAUCACUCAAAUUACACUAAAAAGUAAAUUACUCUCUCAUAUAAGAAGUUCAGUUCUAGUAUUUAGGGAUCGAAUCCACAGAGACUCUAGAAUUACACAAUAGAUCUAUAUUCUUUGAAGUAAAGCUAGAUUAAUAGGUUUUAAAGCAGUACAUGAAUUGGUGAGCUAAGUAAUUGCUCGAUUGGUUUGAUUUGAGGUUGUUAACAGUUGGGAAAAUAUCUAGAUUCAGGUAUAUUCUCAGGUAUGAUAAGUAAAUAACUUAAUUUGGGGUUUUAGGGGUUUAUUGAUAUUAAUUGUUCUUGAAUUUAAACUCAGAUAUAAUCAAUUUGAUUAUCUAAUAUGGAUCUCGAAUUUUAACUAUCGUAUGUUAAUCGCGAGAAAGUGUCAAUCGAUGAUUC